AUGGCCAGCAAGACUCAAGUAGCUGGCAUCUCCUUCGGUGCCCUGCUUCUCGGAAUCAGCAUCCCAUACCUCUCGGCCAUUACUUCUCCAUUCACAUCCCUCAUUGGUGACUUCUCUGUCCCUGAUCAUGCAUUCAGCUUCCCAUUUUUCAAGAGCAACAUCACCACCAAGUCGUUAAACGUAACUAUCCAGCCAACCUUUGUAUGCGACCCUAACCAUACAUACCGAACCGAAUUGGUCUCGCUUGACCCUGUUAUUAUUUACAUCCAUGAUUUCAUCACCAAGCCCGAAAUUGAUGCCCUUCUGGAAGUGGGAGAGCCAAGGUUCAAGCCAUCACAAGUAGCCAAGUAUGGCGUGUUGAUGAACACCAAUGAUCGAACCUCAAGCUCAGCAGGCCUACCACGCGACGAUCAAGCGGUUAUGUGCGUGAUGAGGCGAGCACGAAAUUUUCUGGGAACCAUGAUAAGAGAUGGAUGGGACGACAUGGGAGCACCGCAACUCGUUCGGUACCGGGAAGGUGAGAAGUUCAACCACCAUCACGACUGGUUCGAAAACCCGCAGAUGGCAUAUGAUGGGACGAGCCGGAAGUGGAACCGUGUUGCAAGCUUCUUCGCAAUCCUGCAAGACAACUGCACAGGCGGCGAGACAUACUUCCCUUACGCCAAGCCGAUCGCGUUGCCAGGACCAUGGGGGGCGAAGAUGUGGCACGGUGAGGUUCGCAGACAAAAGAAUAAAACCGAGGAGGUGAAGCCACUAUGGAGAGAGCAUGAGGAUGGAGGACUCGCUUUCCGGCCUGUUGCCGGUAACGCUAUAUUCUGGAUCAAUCUCCACGCCAACGGGACUGGGGACACGAGAACCCUUCACGCCGGAUUGCCUCUAGACAGCGGCUUGAAGACGGCAAUGAAUAUUUGGCCAAAGCACUUCUAUCUCGAGUAG